AUGGCUCGUGCUGAUCGGUGCCCGGUGCCGGGACGCGUCCCUGCUCCCUCGCCCUGCUGCAACCGCGAGGGGCGGGUCCUACGGGAGCUGAAUGACAGCCCAGGACUUGGACGUCAGAACUCUCCCACAUGCCCCGCCCUCGAGCGUCCAGCGCCGCCUGCUGGACAAUAUAUAGCAGAUAACAUCCUCUCAGACCUCCUCCAAGACAGCAUCCUCACCACAGCCUCCCUCCAGGGCAUUAAACACUGCCGCACAGCUGUAUCAAAGGAGAUGACUGAAAGGUCGCGUGGAAUCUUCCAAGACCUUGUGGUGAAUACCAGGAAGGAGUUGAAACACGUCAAAGAUUCAAAGAGAGGGAUGGAAGGCCAAGUGAUACAUCUCCAGACAAACCAUUACCAAGUGACGUGUGACUGUAAAAUCGCAUAGAAGUACAAUAUUGACUACCAACCAGAUGUAAAGGACAUAAACAUCUGCACACAUUUACUACUCAGACAUCAGUCCACCCUUGGCAGGUGCCACAUAUUCGAUGGAAACUCGUUGCUGUUACCUCGGAGGCUGCAGCAUUUGGAAAUGGAGCUUGUCAGCCAGACCGAAGGUGAUGACAAAGUGAGAAUCAGGAUCCAGCUUUCCAGUGAACUCCACCCCAGUCACCCAGACUGGCUUCCCUAUUACAACAUCCUCUUUAGAAGAAUGGAUAUCCAGCGCAGCUACGCCUCGAUCCUACCGUACGAGAACAGACUGACCCUGUGUGCUGAUGUGACACACAGACUGUUGCAGGUGAAAACGGUGUAUGAUCUCAUACUUGAGAAGAGGGAGAGAGGUGUGAGGAAUCUCUGGAAACAAGUCUCUGAAGAGGUAGUAGGAUCCAUUGUUUAUACUAGGUACAACAAAAAGACCCACAAGAUCGAUGCUGUUAACUGGAAUCAGAGUCCCAAAGACAGGUUUAGAAAGUUUGAUGGCAGCAUGAUCACCUUCACAGACUACUACCGGGAGCAGUACAAAAUUUUCAUAACUGACAUGAACCAGUCACUCUUGGUGAGCUGGGGCAGGUGGAAGAAGGGCCAGACAUCUACACCUCGUGAGCCUGUAUUCUUGGUCCCUCAGCUGUGCUACCUGACAGCCCCCUCCAUUGUUAUAGCCCAGUGUGCCUCUUUGUAUUCCUCGGAGGUGGUGUGUGUGCUGCCCAACAGCGACAAGCAGAGGUACGAGGAAAUAAAAUCCUUCCUGUGCAUCGAGAACCCGAUCCCCAGCCAGUGUGUUGUGGCAUCGACCCUGCGCUCUAACAAGAACCUCUUUACCAUAGUCACCAAGAUUGCCCAGCAGAUGAACUUUGAGAUGGGAGGCGCGCUCUGGAAGGUGGACACGGGUGUACGUAGAAUCCUGUUCAUUGGAAUCGAUUGUUUUCAUGACAUUGUGAACUGGCAGAAGUCAAUUGCGGUGUUAGUGGCAAGCACCAAGGAAGACUUAACCAGGUGGCAUUCCCAGUGUCUCUUUCAGGAUGCAGUACAGGAGAUUGUCAAUGAUCUGCACAGCUGCCUGCAAGCUGCCCUGGAUUCCAGGGUCACAAAUGAGAAAAAGAAACCACUGACUGUAGUGGUAUACAGGGAUGGAGUUGGGGACGGCCAGCUACAGGACCUGCUGGGAGAGGAGCUUUGGCAGUUCCAGAAGUUCUUUGGCUCUAGAGUCAUGAAUCCGCCUCCGGGGGCUGUUGUUGACCAAGUAGUGACCAGGGAGGAGUGGUAUGACUUUUAUAUCGUGAGUCAGUCUUCAAAUAGUGGAACCGUCACACCCACUCCCAACCAGGUCCAGUGCUUAACCUACAGACUCUGCCACAUGUACUACAAUUUGCCGGGUGUCAUCCAGGUUCCUGCUCCAUGCCACUACGCACACAAGCUGGCUUACUUUGUGGGGACGAGCAUCCACCAGAAGCCUGAGCCAGUGCUGUCAGACUAUCUCUAUUACCGUUAA